AUGAAAAAAAACUAUUUGCGAGAGCUAAUGAUACAAAUGAAAGAAAUGAUGAAACCAGCAAGAGACUUUGGAUUGAAAUUGGUGUUAAAAAACAUAUUGAGUCCGGAAAAUGCAAAUAAAUCUGUCCUAAAACAUCCCGUCGUUGCCGAAAGGCUAAGGGCAGAAAGAUUACUUGAAAUCAACAAGGAAAAGCCGAAAAAACACUAUUUACGGCCGUAUGUCAAAGAAUUUGAAAAAAUUCAUUGCAAAAAUAUUCCGUCAGAAGUUGAACAAGUGGGUAUAAUAUUCAGGGAACUGAAAUUCGGAGAAAGUUGUGUUUUCGGUUAUCAUAAACACGGGAGAAAUUUAAAACGAAAAAUGAACGAACGUAGGUACCAAAAAAAUCGGACUACACCUGCCACGAUCACACUUAUACAAAGGAAAUUAAACGACGAUCACUUAAACACAAUGACUAAGAUUAAUAUAAACAACCUUCAAGACCUCAAAAUCUUCCAUGAAAAGGCCAGAAAACUAAUGAAAGAACCCUAUUACGGCCGUUUUUAG